GAUUGGCCGGGGUGUGUGGAAAGGGGCGGGCCUCGGGGAGCGUAGGAAGGGCGGGGACCCGGAUGUGUGUGGUGGCGGCGGCCGAAGAGCUAGUGUGCGGAGCUGAGAGGCCUAUGGAUGAGGAGGACGCGGCGGCCCCGGUUUGUUCUCAUGAACAAGAUGGAUGACCUCAACCUGCACUACCGGUUUCUUAAUUGGCGCCGGCGGAUCCGGGAGAUUCGAGAGGUCCGGGCUUUCCGAUAUCAGGAGAGGUUCAAGCACAUUCUUGUCGAUGGAGACACUUUGAGUUACCAUGGAAACUCUGGUGAAGUUGGCUGCUACGUGGCUUCUCGACCCCUGACGAAGGACAGCAACUAUUUUGAGGUGUCCAUUGUGGACAGCGGGGUCCGAGGCACCAUCGCUGUGGGGCUGGUCCCGCAGCACUACAGCUUGGAUCACCAGCCUGGCUGGCUGCCAGACUCUGUCGCCUACCACGCUGAUGAUGGCAAGCUGUACAAUGGCCGAGCCAAGGGCCGCCAGUUUGGGUCAAAGUGCAACUCUGGGGACCGGAUUGGCUGUGGCAUUGAGCCCGUGUCCUUUGAUGUGCAGACCGCCCAGAUCUUCUUCACCAAAAAUGGGAAGCGGGUGGGCUCCACCAUCAUGCCCAUGUCCCCCGACGGGCUGUUCCCAGCAGUGGGCAUGCACUCCCUGGGUGAGGAGGUGCGACUGCACCUCAACGCUGAGCUGGGCCGCGAGGACGACAGCGUCAUGAUGGUGGACAGUUACGAGGACGAAUGGGGCCGGCUGCAUGACGUCAGAGUUUGCGGAACUCUGCUGGAGUACUUGGGCAAGGGCAAGAGCAUCGUGGACGUAGGGCUGGCCCAGGCCCGGCACCCGCUGAGCACCCGUAGCCACUACUUCGAGGUGGAGAUCGUGGACCCUGGAGAGAAAUGCUACAUCGCCUUGGGGCUGGCUCGGAAGGAUUAUCCCAAGAACAGGCACCCUGGCUGGAGCAGAGGCUCUGUGGCUUAUCAUGCAGAUGACGGGAAGAUCUUCCAUGGCAGUGGUGUGGGGGACCCCUUUGGGCCACGCUGUUACAAAGGGGAUAUUAUGGGCUGUGGAAUCAUGUUCCCCCGGGACUACAUUCUGGACAGUGAGGGUGACAGUGAUGACAGUUGUGACACAGUGAUCCUGUCCCCGACCGCCCGAGCUGUGCGGAAUGUCCGGAAUGUCAUGUACCUGCACCAGGAAGGGGACGAGGAAGAGGAGGAAGAGGAAGAGGAAGAUGAUGGGGAAGAGAUAGAGCAGGAGCACGAGGGCAGGAAGGUGGUGGUUUUCUUCACUCGGAAUGGCAAGAUCAUUGGGAAGAAGGAUGCUGUUGUACCUUCCGGGGGCUUCUUCCCCACCAUUGGGAUGCUGAGCUGUGGGGAGAAAGUCAAAGUGGAUCUGCACCCCUUGAGUGGCUAGGCCUUCUCCCCUGGACCGGCCCCUUCUGCCUCUCCUUGCCCUUUCCAGGUGCCCAGUUCCUGACUCCCUGAGGAUUUGCUUACCCAGCAGGCCCCGGGGGAUGUGUCUUCACUCUGCCCUACCAGGUCAGGCCCCUGCCAGCCUCCUCCGUGCCCAUGUUUCCAACCUGGUGCUGCCACUGUUGUUAGUCCUUGGGCUAGAGUCCCUGGUUGGACAGAAACAGGCCCAAAGAAUGGUGUUACUCUAUGGGUGGGUCCCACCGGCUUUGGCCGUGGGCUCCCCCGUCCCCCUCCCACACUGGCCCGCGUGAGGGCAGAGGAGUGAGCGUCUGGCUCAGCUGCUGUUAGGCCUGAGGCCUGGCAGAGGGUGGAGCAGGACAGCCCUUCCCCUGUUGACCACAGUAUUCCUUCUCGCUUCUUCUUUUCUGUUCCCUGUCCUCGUCGUUGUGUGCAGUUGCUGCUGUCACCCCCCUGGCUGGGCUGGGGGGGUCUCUUGGGCCGUCUCUCUCCUUCCACUGACUGCUGUCCCGAGAAAACUACUUGAGGGUCUCUGUUCUUGCCCCUGAGAGCCACCUUCCUCCCUCACCACCUGUUCAGGCACCGCAUUCCCUUCCGAGAAUCUGCGUCUCCGGCCUCCCCCGCUGUACACACGGAGAUGCUGCCCGUGAUAGGCUGACGUGUCCGGUGGAGUGAGAGAGGGGCUGUCAGGUCGGGGGACUGGGGCCUUUGCUCCUGUCUCCCCCUUGCCCUUCUCGGAUCACCUGUGGCACUCUCGUCCCUAGUUCCAGGGGAUGCAGGCUGAGACUCCAAAGCCUGUCUCUCCCACGUGGCGAGAGCAGGACCCUGCGCUCCCCUGCCCUGCCCCGCCGCCGCCCCUGCUUGCUGCCUGUGCCAGUUGCCUGUUUUGCUUCAGUGUUUGAGUCUAGCACUUACACAUGUCCUCCCCCACCAGGCUCUCCUGUCUCCUAGCCCCUUGACCCCUCCCCAUGCAGUGACUUCUAGGAGGGAGAGGGAGCAGGAGCAGUUGGCCUUGGUUUGGACAGAGUGGACAGGGCUUAGGGGAAAGGGAUGAGAUGUUGUGCUGCUGGGGCCUACCCUUUGGCCCUCCCUCCACGCCCUGCACUAUGAUGUAUGAAAUGUAUGUACAGAACCAGAGAUGUUUAUACAGCCAAUAAAGAUGGACUUUCCAUAUUUAUCAGUA